AUGACCACCCAACACACCCCAUACACCAUCGGGCACGCGCCUUCCCAAACCAAGCACCACGAAUGGCGCACCGCCUCCAACAGCGCCGCCCACCUCCUCCCGCACCUCAAAAAGGCGCUCACCUCCAACCCCAACCUCAAACUCCUCGACAUCGGCUGCGGACCAGGCACCAUCUCCGCCUCUCUCGCCCAACACCUCCUUCCCUCCGGUCAUGUCCUCGCGACCGACAUCGCUGACGACGUCCUCUCCCGAGCCAAGGAGCACGCCAUCUCGCAAGGUCUAGCGGUACCGGAGAACAUCUCCUUCCAAAAGGCCUCCGUUUACGGGUUGCCCUUUUCCGACAACGAAUUCGACAUCGUGCAUGCCCACCAGGUGCUCUGCCACCUCGACGACCCCGUCUCCGCUGUCAAGGAGAUGCUGCGAGUCUGUAAACCGGGGGGUCUGGUGUCUCUGCGCGAGUCGGACAUGAGGAUGUGGUGUUUCUGGCCUGAACUUCCAUCCCUUUUUGCUUUUCACGAGUUAAUGGUUGAGAUAAUGCUAGCCAACGGCGGGCAGGAUAAAGGCGGGAGGAAGCUGGUUUCAUGGAUCAUGGAUGCUGGGGUGGAGAGGAAGGAUAUCGAGGCUGGGUUCGGGACUUGGUGUUAUAGUGAGCCGGGCGAUAGAAAGGCGUGGGGGGAGGCGAUGAUUGAGAGAUUGAGAACGGGGCAGAUGAGGCAGCGGGGAAUUGAGUUGGGGUUGACGACGGAGGAAGGGGUGGAGGAGAUGGUUAAGGGGUGGGAGGUGUGGAUGGAGAGGGGGGAUGCGACGUUGGGGAUUGUUAAUGGGGAGGUUAUUGUGAGGAAGGCGUCUUCUUCACCGAAAGCUACCUAA